CUAAUUUAUCCGUAACACCGGCUCGCUCUACACUAUCUAGCACCAAUUUAUCAAUGGGCAGCUUUAUGAAUGACGCCUUCCCGGCUGGGGAUGAAAGUGACGCCAGCAAUGAUGAGUGGGACAUCGGCUGUUGUUUGGAUAAAAAAGAAAAGUCUCCUCGUAUCAAGGAACAGGAUGCUGUUGUACCUUGUGCACAGGAUAAUGUGUCGAAGUUGAAAAGAGCCAUCAGUACAGGAGACAUUGGGACUGUUGAACAGCUGUUGGAUGAUGGCAUGGACGUGGAGACCAGGCUCGGCUGUGAAUGGACUCCUCUGAUGUGUGCCGUCACUGUGGCUAAUUACGACCUGGCCAAACUGCUACUGGACAGAGGGGCCAGUGCCAACUUCAGCAAAGAUAACUGGACGGUGCUCAUGGCCGGUUGCACAGCAUCCGCCAGUGAAGAGAAAAUUGCUCGCUGUGUGGAGCUUCUGCUAUCCAGAAAUGCUGAUCCCAACAUGGCGGACAGGUCCCAGAUGACCUGCGUGAUGCUGGCUGCCAGGGACGGCCACAGUAAGAUCAUCAACCUGCUGGUGUCCCACGGUGCGGAGAUCAACGCCCAGGAAAACAACGGCUACACGGCUUUGUCUAUAGCAGUGCAGUACGGCAAAGAGGAGGCGGUGCUGAAGCUCCUCCAGCUGGGAGCGGACAAAAACAUCAGGAACCAGGCUCAUAAAAGCCCCUCGGACCUGGCUGUUACCUUCAAACACACACAGAUAGGAAGGAUUUUGGCCUCUUCGUCCCACAUCUCUACUGUCCAGGCCUUCAGCUCCAUGGAGGACACACUCUCAAAGUUCUUCAAGACGAACUCUGACAAACUGCCUCCUUCCACAGAAAGUGUGACCAAGCUUGAUGACCUGGAGCUCCUCCUGCACGGCCUCGGUCUCGGUUACCUCACUGACAUCAUGGCUGAACAUGACAUCACCUGGAGCUACCUGCUGACCAUGGAGAAGGAGGACCUGGAGAAGGUUGGUAUCAAAGACCCGGUGGACCAGCAGAAGGUGCUGAGUGCCGUGCAGCAGAUGCACUUGGACAAAGUGGACCUUGACACGAUCAGCCUACCAGGAGCUGCAGACAGCGGGAGUGAGGAUCUGCAUAACUUCCUGAUAAGCGUGCAGCAGCAGUGCUGUUACCUGACGGAGACGAUUCAGGACGUCAUCGUUCGGUUUCCCCGCCAAGCCUCUCAGCUGGUCUUCUCACUGGACCCCAAGAAGGAGGCCCAGGCCGUCUGCAACCAGCUGCUGGUCCAGACUAAAGACCUGCAGAAGGAAGUCACCUGCCUCCGCAGUCUACUGUGCCAGAUGGACGAGGCAGGAGACGCCUGUCAGCUUCCUCAGCGCGGUUCCCACGGCAACCGCAGGAUGCGCCGGCUAGCCGGAGCGGCGCUGAGCGCGCUGGGAGCCGCCGCCGUCCUCCUGCUGCUCUGCAGAGCCGCCGGCGGGAAGCUUCACCUGCAGCUGCAGAGGAGCGUGUGUUGAAGCACGGGAAGGUUAAUCAGCUAGUUAGUUAGUUUACCAUGAUAAACUGGAUUAUUAAUAGAAGGACUGAGAUGUUUCAGGACAAGACAGCAUCUUUAUUUUUGCAGCUGUUACACUUUUGUUCUCCACUUGGCUCUGUCUUGUCUUUCAAUUAUGUUCUGAAUUAUUAUUUUAUUAUGUUUUAAGUGAAAAUUAAAGUUUCUUUUGAGGAACAGUUUCAUGCAAAGUCAAGUUAAGACUGGAAUCAGAAUGUUUUCUCUCUGCAAGACAAAUUUUUAUUUGAUUUCGUAUUGUGAAUUCUGGUCCUAAUCUAGACAAGACAAAAUGACCAAAAAAGACACAAAAUUACAAAAAAAGACACAAAAUGACUGAAAAAACACUAAAUCACUUUCAAAAGACACAAAAUGACCAAAAAAUACACAGAAUUACCAAAAAAGACACAAAAUGACACACAAAAAGACACAAAAUGACAGAAAAAACUAAAUUACUUAAAAAGAAACAAAAUUACCAAAAAACCCCACAAAGUUAUUAAAAAAAGACACACAAUUAUUAAAAAAAAAAAGACAUAAAAUUAACAAAAAAAGACACAACAUUAACAGAAAAAAUUAAUUAAAGGGACCUUCCACACACAAAAAAAGGACAAGACAGCAUCUUUAUUUUUGCAGCUGUUACACUUUUGUUCUCCACUUGGCUCUGUCUUGUUUUUCAGUUUAGUUCUGAAUUAUUAUUUUAUUAUGUUUUAAGUGAAAAUUAAAGUUUCUUUUGAGGAACAAUUUCUUGCAAAGUCAAGUUAAGAGUGGAAUCAGAAUGUUUUCUCUCUGCAAGACAAAUUUUUUUUUGAUUUCAUAUUGUGAAUUCUGGUCCUAAUCUAGAUAAUAAAAUAUUAAUGAUUACACGAU